AUGGUCUGCUACGCAGACGACACUAUGGUGCUGGCGGGAGGCAUCAAGUGGGAGGAGGGUACGGCCACUGCCAACACGGCCGUAGCGUGUGCCGUGCACUCGAUACGGCAGCUGGGCCUCCGGGUGACCCCAAAAGACCGAGUGUACGAUCGGUCAGCGGGGGUGCCCCCAAGGUCCAGCAUUAUGGUAGAGUCAACCCGCGUGGAGGUGACCCCAGGUAUCAAAUACUUGGGGCUCCACCUGGAUGGCCAGUGGGACUUCACCUCUCAUUUUGAGAGGCUGAGUCCCAAGUUGGGGAGAGUUGCGGCUGCACUGUGCAGCCUCCUCCCCAAAAUCGGUGGUCCUUACAACCGGGUUCGCAGGCUGUAUGCGAACACCGUCUCGUCCAUCGCUCUUUAUGGGGCGCCAGUUUGGGCGGGAGAGGCGUGGGCCAAGCGGCGCAUCGUUGCAAUUUUGCACGGUGCGCAGCGACUAAUGGCCACCCGCCUCGUCAAGGCGUAUAGGACGGUGUCGCAUGUAGCCGUCACGGUCCUGGCCGAAACGUACAACAGGAUCGCAGAGCUCCGCCGGCGAGUGGGUGACCAUCUGGUCACGACCAGGCACGUACAGAGAAUACGCGACUCGGCCCGGCGUAGGGCCCUCCGGCGAUGGCAAAGAUCGCUGGAGGCCCCGAACACGCCGGGAAUCCGGACCAUCGCGGCCAUACGUCCUUGCCUGCCGGAAUGGGUGGGCAGGGCUCAUGGCGGGGUUGUCAUACCAUAUGACACAGGCAAAGAGCGCAAGGCACAGUGCCACCACUGCGCGGCUAGUGAGUACUCCGCGGAGCACACGCUGCAGGAGUGCCCAGCGUGA